UAAGGUCAAGGUGGGAGGUAGCCGGCUUGCACUCACUCGGUUGCGGGGGCGAUGCUGUGGACGCUGGCCAGGGCGUUGGCUUUUCGGAGACCCGGCCGAAGCCGGGCCGGCGGGAGGGGGCUGUGGACCGGCCGCCUGCAGUCAGAUACUGAUAGUAUGAAGCCACUGGAGGGUGUGAGAAUUCUGGAUCUAACAAGAGUACUGGCAGGACCUUUUGCCACGAUGAAUUUAGGCGACCUUGGAGCAGAAGUUAUAAAGGUGGAAAGACCAGGUAAAUCUAUUUACCUUCAAGAAGUAGAGUCAGGAGCAGGUGAUGACACACGAACUUGGGGACCUCCUUUUGUGGACACAGAAAGUACAUAUUUUCUCAGUGUUAAUCGAAAUAAAAAAAGUAUAGCUGUUAAUAUCAAGGAUCCGAGAGGGGUGAGAAUCGUCAAAGAGCUUGCAGCCAUUAGUGAUGUGUUUGUGGAAAACUACGUCCCUGGCAAACUUUCUGAGAUGGGCCUAGGGUAUGAAGAUGUAGACAAGAUUGCUCCUCACAUCAUCUACUGUUCCAUCACAGGGUAUGGCCAGACAGGGCCCUUGUCUCAGAGAGCAGGUUACGAUGCUAUCGCCUCUGCUAUGUCUGGUCUGAUGCACAUUACAGGGCCCGAGGAUGGAGAGCCUGUUCGCCCAGGAGUGGCCAUGACUGACCUUGCCACUGGCCUGUUUGCUUAUGGAGCCAUUAUGGCUGGCCUCAUACGACGUUACAGAACUGGAAAAGGACUGUUUAUUGAUUGUAAUCUACUGUCAUCUCAGGUGGCAUGUUUGACCCAAGUAGCUGCUAAUUAUCUUAUUGGUCAAAAGGAAGCAAAACGCUGGGGCACAGCUCAUGGCAGCAUUGUUCCUUAUCAGACUUUUAAAACCAAGGACGGCUACCUUGUAAUUGGAGCAGGAAGUAACCAACAGUUUGCUGUUGUAUGCAAGGUCUUGAAUUUGCCUGAGUUGAUUGAUGAUUCCAAGUAUAAAACGAACCAUCUUCGGGUGCAGAAUAGAAAAGAGCUUAUUAAAAUCCUAUCUGCAAGGUUUGCAGAAGAAGUAACUGCCAAGUGGCUUUGUCUCUUUGAAGGAAGUGGGAUCCCAUACGGCCCAAUCAACAGUAUGAAGGAUGUGUUCUCCGAAGCUCAGGUAUUGCACAAUGGCCUCAUUAUGGAGAUGAAUCAUCCCACUGUGGGGAAGAUUUCAGUACCAGGUCCAGCUGUGAGAUAUAGCAAGUUCAAGAUGUCAGAGGCAAAGGCACCUCCCCUGCUGGGACAGCACACGAAGCACAUCCUGAAAGAGGUUCUCAGCUAUGAUGACAGGUCUAUUGGGGAGCUACUCAGCUCCGGUGUGAUACAACAACAUGAAACCAAGUGAGAGAGGAGAAUGCAUCAGAAAACUGCCCCUGGCUGGCCCAGACUAUGCUCUGUGCAUGUCUCUCCCUAGUCUUGAGCCCACUGAAAGGCAGAGUGAGAAAUGCAGUGUCCUGCCUGGAAGCUCCUUGGAUGACUUUAAAGUCUUGUGCCCAUUUAAAAACUUACUAUUUUGACUUUUUCCCUAGAAAAUAAUUUGUUGGUUUGUGGACUUUGAUUAAUUCUAUUGUUUCCAUCCAUAAGAACUGAUGACUGUUUGGUGAUGGAAUGUUGUUCUGAGUUGAUUUAUCCACAAUGUACAUAUGUAUGGAAACAUCACGUUAUAAACUGUAGUUUUGAUUUGUCAAUUGAAAAUGAAACAAAAUAUAAUUUUUUUUCUGGAAAAGUCCUCUUUAGUCUAUUUACCUUAGUGCCCUAAAAUGUUUGCCUGUCUCACCCACACAAGCCUGAAAAAAAGCAGAACUCUUGACAUUUUCUACUUGUACAUAAAGUCCUCAUUUAAAUCUUUGUUAGGAAGUCAAAGCAAUAAGCAGAAUGACAGUCUCCGUGAUUGAUUUUAAACAGUAUAACUGAAUUUCAAGCCCACAAACCCUUUGUUAGUCUGUAAUUUAAACCACGGCCUUUGCUGAUGUCUGUUGUAAGGCUAAACCCCACUCUGCCCAUGAGGAGUAAAUAUUUGCUUUAUGUUGUAUUUCCCUGGUGGUAUUGUGAUGUGCAAUGGAGUAUCAAUUCCCACUUAUUCAUUUAGGGUGUGAGUAUUUAUGUAUAUAAGAGAGCAUAGUGGUCACUCUCUUGCUACCUUAUUUUGAGACAUAGCCAAAUGCAACACACUUUAAAUAAAUGUGAGGUGAUUCCUCACAUGUUAAAGUGUAAAGAAUACCAAAUGGGAAUAUGAUAGGAAGCAUUUCUUUGUAAUUUCAAGAUCUCUGUAGAAGACAGCAUCAUGUCUUUGAAUUUUGAUUUGUCAGCAAAUUACAACUAUAGAAAAAUCUGUCUUGAAGAUAAAAAGCGGUCAGAAUAUAUACAUUGUCACAGAAUGGAUUGUCACAGAAAACUUCAGACCAGGGCAUCAGGUGCCAUUUGGUCAGUGUCCUGGUAGGACUUCCAUUCAUGGCCAUAGGCACACAUACUAUAAAGCAUUGACAUUAUAUGGUGGUAGUAAUUGAAGGCUAAAUUACAGAUGUUCAUCUUUCAAACUGAUUCAAAGCUAGUUUUCUUUUCAUUUGUGAUGGCUUGAGUCACUUCACUGGUGUUUUAAUGUGCAAUGUGUCUCUAGAAUCAAGGAUAUCAAAUAAAAACAGUAUCUCUACAGACUUUUCAGAGAAAAGCAUCCUAGCUUUGGUACUCCCCCAACCCCAGCUUUGCUGUUCAACGUGUUGGACUCUGAAGAACCCCUGCUAAUACUCCAUUAGACAGAAUUUUGUCAUAACGUAAUAGUUUGGUGCCUUCUGCAGUUCUUUGCCUCAGUUCCUAAUUUGUAGGGACAGAUAUAAGAUGUUUCACAUUAAGCUAUGCAUUUAAAGAUUUAAUCAUUUUAUGUGUAAAAGCAUAUUUCCUGCAUGUAUGCAUGCAUAUCAUUUGUAUGCCCAACACCUGCAGAGUUCAGAAGAUAACAUUGAAUCUCCAAGAAACUAGAGUUUAGAUGGUUGUGAGCUAAUACAUGAUUUAAGAGCUGAAUUUAGGUCCUCUGCAAGAGCAGUGGGUGCUCUUAACCUUCAAACCAUUGUUUCAGCCCCCAAGCCAGACAUUUAAAGAGAAUGCCUUUACAGUCAUAUGACUCCUAUGGAAAUCAGGAAAAGGUUGGGUGACAGAAUUGAUAAAACCACAUAUCUUGAAAGCCAGAUGCAUCAUUUUUUUCCCAGUGAAACAUAAAAAAAAAAAACUCAAAAUGCAAAUACUCCUUAUUGAGCAAUAAUUCUAAAUAUGUGAAUACCCAUGUGUAGGAGGAUUCUGUCAUGCAUAGGGCCAGAAUGUGCCUCUUAAACUUUCAGGGUUGACAAAGACUGAAGUGUUCAAAUAUGGUAGGACCACCACUGAAGCAUGACUGUGUCUCCAGAUUCUGACCUCCACAGCUUAGAAUUAUCCAAGAGAACUUCGGAUUUCUGGUCACUCACUCAACUUAAAGUAUUUACUCCACUGAUUAAAAAAAAAAAGUUCAGGCUAUGCUUCAAGUUCACAUUGAUUAUCAGUCCUGAAAGAAACACUGUGCUUACUAAAAAUUUAAAAUUUCUAGCAAUAUGCCCCAAAUCAAAUUAUACUUACAAACAAAUGUGCUGUUUUAAUUAUCAGAGCUGGUUAUCUUACACAGUCCCCAAAAUAACACACUACUAAGAUACCAUAUGCUCAAGUUCAAUUUGUGUCAAGGCCUGCCUUCUGGAAGGUUAUGUCUGUGAUUGGCUUCAAAAACUCCUUGAAAAUCAGUGAGUUAAUUGUUACAGAAUUGGAGGUAUGUCCACAAGCAAAUGGGCUUGUUUUUCCUGAAAAUUUUUUGACCAUAAUUUUCUUGUUAAUCAACACAUUUUUUUUCUGGUAAAUAGCCUGAUAUGCUGAAUGUUCAUUUAGCAGAAAUAAAAUGAACAUUGAUGACUUUUGUAUGAAUGCUGUAGCUAUCCCCAUCUGAUCUUGUGUUUGAAACACCCAGUGGCAUUAGAGAUCCAGUCAUGACUGGAGAAAACCAAGAAGGUCUUCUACUGGCUGUUUGAUAUUACAACCUUAGCCCACCAUUCUCAGCUAUCACUAUGAGAGGGCCUCUGUGUGAAGAUCUCACAACUUCUACUUUUAAAUCUUCUUACAGAAAUGUUGACCCAUUUGUACAUCAGUUCAAUUUGAUGUUACACUUCUGAUUCGUGUCUUACCUUUGGCAAAUUGCCUAUUUUCAAAUCUGUGUAGGCAGAGAGUAGAGUUUGUGGUAGAGCACUAGACGAGCAUAUGCGAGGCUGCAGGCUUACUCCUCAGUCCUGCAAAAACAGGUCACUAAAAGCUAUGUAGAUGUGAGUCUUCCUGAUUAUCCUUUUACAAGGGCCUAGAGCUGCCUUCAUUACUUCUCCAAGUAAUUGCCCUGAAGAAUCUGAGAAAGAAUGGCAAUGGCAGGCCACAUGAGACUGUUCAUGUCUUUGGUAUCUUGGAGCUACUGACCCUUGAUUCUCAAUGACAAAAGAGGCAUUUGGGGAAGAAUAUAUUCUUUACCCUCCAUAACCCUAUUUUUGGUUCCUCAAUUUUAUAAUUAUUCCCCAAGAUAAUCUCCUGUCAUUGACUCAUGAAUGAAAGACUUUCUGCUGCUAAAGUGAGCAAUCAUGAGUGGUGGGACUCUGAUUGCUCUGUUUAAUACUAGUUGUGGGCUUGGCCUCAGUUUUUCCUCAUCUUUCUGAAAAAGGGCAAGCUCUAGAUCAUGAGUAAUCACUUUAGUCCAAUGGCUUCCAAGAGGAUGGAUGGUGCCUUGCCCUCUACCUGGCCUUGCUCUCUGUCAUAGGAUAAAGGGAUCCUCAUAGUUUUUCAACAAGAUACAAAAUGCUUUCACACAUUCCCUUCCCUACUUUGUUUUUCUUUGCAAAUCAAACCAUUACUGUCUGUUGGUUUCUUUGGCUCCUUACCACAGAGAUUGGAAGAAUGCUUUUCCUGCUCCCCAACCUGUUACCAACACCACUUCCUCCCCUCCCCCCAGCAGCAUAGGGCUUACUCAAUAGUCAUAUGUUCAGCCUCAAAACGUGACCCAGAGAGGUUGGGAGAAAAGAAAAAAGGUAAAGCUGCCUCAGGGGAAAAAAGUGUUAUUUCUACUUCUUUACCUCCUGUGAACCCUAAAAAAAAAAAAUCAGAUUUCCUAAGUAUCUCUUGGGAUGAGCGAUGUGGCAAUCUGUUUAAUACAUUCACCCUAAUAGUUUUGGAUUUGUGUUUUUAGAAGGAAUUCCUGACUAUACUUGAUAGAUGCUUUGUGACUGUGAAUGGACAUUGUGUUUCUUCCACAGAGAAGGUCAAGAGAACUGAUAUUUUCUCUUUGUGGGAAAUUGUUAACUACUUAUUAUGGAAAUAAAAAAAGAGAGAGCUCU